AUGGGGUGGCUAAAAUCCACUUUUGAGCUUCUGCCUACCCAUAGCUCUUCUCUGGUGUUAAUGACUCUCUGGGCCUUAUGGAAAGACCGCAACUCCCGACUUUGGGAGGGCACUGGUACGAGUCCUGCUUGCCUGGUGGCUCUGGCUCAGUCUUGGUUGAGCGAUUUUCAUCAUAUCAAUAAUGUUAGUCGUAUACCCCAGGCCACCCAUGUCCCCCCUCCUCGUUGGACUGCUCCGUUGGAAGGCUUUUCCAAGAUUAACGUCGACGGCUUUUGGCGUGCCGAUGACCGUAUUGGGGGUUUUGGGGUGGUGAUCAGGAACGAGUUUGGUGCUGUUCUGGCUACUGGUGCCUGGAAGCGCGACAACCUUGGGUGCUCUGAUCAGACCCAUGUCGUGGCUCUGCUAGCGGGCAUGAAACUUGCUGCUGACCUGGGUAUUACCCAUGCAAACUUCGAAAGUGGCUCAAAGAAAACUGUGCUUGCAGUCAGGAAAGCCAGCUCCUUUGACUCUCCUUUAGGUGUCCUCUUUGCUGAUUGCGGGGCCCUCUUAUCUCAUUUCCAUUCGGCCACUGUGGCCCACGUUCCAAAAACUUGUAAUAGAGUAGCUAGUAGGCUCUCUCACUUUGCUUUAAGCGUGAGCCAGGAUUGUCUCUGGCUCUUGGAGCCUCCUGACUUACUUCAAGAUCUCCUUUUUGAGGAGUGUAUCCCUGGUUUUUAA